ACCUGACCUACGAUGUCCCCGACAUACGAUCAUUUCAGCAUACGAUCACUCUCAGAGACCAUUGCAUGUUGAAGGCAGCAUCAACAUACGAUGCUUUUGUAUGUCGGGGCCAUCGCAUAAACGGCUAUCCGGCAGCGCAGACUGCUUCAGCUGCCACCGGAUAGCCGUUUACGGUGCCCCGUGUGGUCCGCUGACGAUCACUUACCUGUCCUCGGGGCUCCGGCGCGUCUUCUUCGGGAUCCCCUGCAUUGUCGGCGCUCUCCAUCAUCGUCAUCACGUCGCUGCGCACGCCGUCCCGUCAUCCAUUGGAGCGGCGUGCGUAACGACGUAAUGGGGGCGACGGAGAGCGAGGAUGCCGGGGAAGCAGAGGCCUUACCGGAGCGUCGGGGACACCCCGGGGACGCGGCGACAGCGAUGGAGGGCGACAUCCAGGGCAGCGGUGACGAGCGGUGAUGGUCCGGAGCGGCGGGGACACGCUGCGCCCCGUAUGCACAUCGGUCUGGUUGAACUUUGGCUUCGGUUCAGGAAACUCCAAAAAUUUCAAGAUGAAACCUGGAGGAAGAUGAAAAGGAUGAUGAGAACGAUGAGGACAAUGAGGACGACUUCAGCGUCCUGCCAAGAACUGAAAGACAAAGUCAGGGACACUGCGGUCCAAGUGCCGGAGCGGUUGGGAACGAUCGAGAAACGCGUGGAAAUAAUAGACGGGAGGAUGAAGAAUAUGGAGGAUGCGCACAAAGAAGAAUGUGCAAACAGAACGCAUCAUCUAGAAGAGAAAAAGAUCUCAGACCAGCUGCCUAAGAAGGCAUGCCACGGAGAGCCACGUGCCAUCAGUGCCCUGGGGCCAGGGAGAGGUAGAGCCAGCACUACCCAGCUCGCCCACAAGGUGGCAGCUCUCACCGAGUUACUAAACGGGCACAAUGAGUUGCUGGUGGAAUUGUAUCAGAGGAUGACUGAACUGGAGGGAACACGACGCGCAAAAGUCACACUGCAAGAUGGGAGCGGAGAUGGACGCUAAACGCAGACGGCCUGGUGUGUCGGGAGCCAGGGCAUGUGACCGCAAGAGUAAUGACCUCUAGGAAGGCUACAACGCACUACAUCAUGUCUUAUCCUCCAGUCACAUCCAGAGCAGCAGCAUAAUUCUGAUAUCUGAAGCUUACACACACCGGCUACAUGUAAGCUGAGAUACUUUAUACCAGUCUUUCCCAACCAGGGUGCCUCCAGCUGUUGCAAAACUACAACUCCCAGCAUGCCCGGACAGCCGUUUGCUUAUUUCACAUAAUGCAUUAGUUUAGACCAGGGCUUUCCAAACUAGGUGUAGUAAGUAGUCAGCCAUAGUCCCCGGGUGUGUUUGGCAGGACCGUUCUGUCCCAGUCGACACUAGUCACUAUAAUUAAAGAAGAAGUGUCACGAGAAAAAACUUUGGAUUUGGGAUAAGUUUUAGAUUUUGGAGCCCCGGCUCGCAUUCACAGUGGUGCGUCAUGCCAUGCCC